GGAUUCGAUGCCCGAUGGGUAUCUGCAACGCCCUUGCAACUUUCCAGCGGGCCAUGAACAUGGCUUUUCAUAACUUUGUACGGAAGACUCGUUUGGCGCAGAGCAUCAUCAACUACGGCGUGAUUGUGUACAUGGAUGACAUCUUAGUGUAUUCGAGUUCCUACGAGGGAUACGUGCAGCACAUCGAAUGGGCACUACAUGCGUUACGAGAUGCAGGUUUCAAGGUGGUGGCGCUUGAGAAGUGUCAGUUUUUCCUCACCACUAUUUCUUUCCUGGGGCACGUGGUGACAGACAAGGGACUCCAACCGGAGCUGCAGAAGGUGGCAGCUGUCAGGGACGGGCCAGAGCUCAUCGCACCGAUCGUGCAAUUGGCGGACGAUCUCUCGCCCGACAUCUACUUUCAGAGCGACAACAGUCCUGCUCCGUACAUUUUCGAGCGAUCCUUGGAUCCGUACCUUCAGUGGACUUCGUGCUUGGAGGAACCUAGGGACGAGGAUACGCUACCAUCGCGGCAGCAGUAUCUGAAGCCGUACGAGAUCAUCCCUUACGCCUUCCACCCGAGGGCAGAAGAAGUGGUGAUUGACGACGACGACGAAGAAGAAGGAACCGGGUCCGAGUGGGAAGCCCCGCCGGAGGAAGCAACACGUACGGGAACGGAGGCGGAAGAGCCGGAAGCAGCACGAAAGCGCGAAGAGAUUGUCUCCGGAAAGCGCCAGCUACGUGUCCGAGCAGUAGCAGAGUUCCAUGACCAGGCAGCUGCCGGUCAUAUGGGCUUCCACAAGACAUUGGCUCGUGUGAGCCGCCUGUACGUCUGGCCGAAGCGCAAGGACUUUGUGAAGGACUACGUCGCAGAGUGUCCCACCUGUCAGGAGGUGAAAAGUGCGAACCACCUACCUUAUGGUUUGCUCCAUCCUCUUCCUAUCCCUGAGGGUCGUUGGCAAGCCAUCUCGAUGGACUUUAUCGGUCCUCUUCGACCUCCGACCCCCCGCGGUCAUGAUGCUAUCCUGGUCGUCGUCGACCGCUUCACGAAGCGUGCACUCUUUGUUCCGUGUCGCUAUGCCAUCAGUGCACGUGAGGUCGCCGACAUCGUAUUUGACCGAGUCGUGCGUGACCACGACUUACCUAUGAGCAUCAUAUCUGACCGUGACCCGCGCUUUACCAGCCGAUUCUGGGGACGGCUCCACGAGGUGUACGACACUCAGCUCCGCUUCUCCUGGUCUUACCAUCCUCAGACUGAUGGUCAGACCAAGAUCACGAACAGGACUCUCGGGGAUAUUCUCCGAAAGAUUGUUCGUGACGACCAGCAGUGGGAUCUCCAUCUUGCCCACGCGGAGAUAGCCUACAACCACGCCGUCUCGCCAGCCACGGGGAUGUCGCCUUACUAUUGCGACCUCGGCUAUCACCCGCGUGUUCCCGCGGACUUCCUUCGACCGUCCCAGAUGCACCCCGACACGAGUUGUCCCGUGCUGGAUGAUUGGGUUGCACACAUGACGUCGAUUAUGAAGACCGCACAUGAGCACAUAACCGCUUCCCAGACUCGCAUGGCAUCACGUGCGAACCGAUCGAGGAUGGAUCACCCAUUCAAGGUUGGUGAUGAUGUGUUUAUCGACACCCGCCACUUACAGCUCGAAGCGGACACGCUUCGCAAGUUUCGGCAUCGCUUCUUCGGCCCAUGCCGCAUCCUCCAGGUCGUCGGUUCUGAUACGGCAUCUAGCCCGGUCAGCUUUCGUGUGCAGCUGCCCGACUACCUACGCCAGGCUCGUGUGCAUGAUGUCUACCACGUCUCGUUACUGCGUCCUUACCGCAGACCGUCUCAGCAUUUCGCUGGACGACCAUACGAGCGCCCUCCACCCAUCAUGGUGGACGGCCACGAGGAGCUCCUCGUUUCAUACAUCAUUGGUCGCCGAGUCACCGACGACAACCCUCCCCACGUCGAGUAUCUCGUCUUCAAAGUCAACCCUCAGCUUGAUCGCCUCACGACAGCCUGGCUCAAGGAACGCACCGUCACGAUCAUUUUUCAAGGUGCCGCGCGUGACCUUCCGGCCAGGGUACGUGAGGAUUUAAUUCGGGCAUACGAGAAUGGGUGGUCCGGUCAGAGGACAUUUGCUCACGGCUUCAAAAGAGGGAGGGUGCAUGGGGAGGGUCCAAACGUAAUGUCCUAUGUCGCGAAGUCAAGGGAGAUUGCUCAAUGGCUAGUGGCGAAGGCGGAGGAUGUGGUGGGGAUUAGGGGAAUUGAGUACAAACUGCUGUUCAAACCAUGGAUGGCGAGAGCAGAAUUGGAGGAAAGGAGAAAACAGGAGGACGAAACUAAAUUUUGGGUUACAGCCCUCAGAGGGCCACUCAGAGCGAUGUUCCACGUUCCAGAUCUGGUGCAGCAGGUGAUGGGCAACAUCAUUCUCCAGCAUCCGCCAGAACCGGAUGCUUCUCGUCCAAAGCUAAUGAACCUGAAGUUUGAACUGCCUAGAGAGGCGGAGGAGCGAUUCGAGCCAACCCUUCCUAUGAAGCUGGUGGAUGGAGAGAUCUAUAAUGUGGAAUUUGUUUGUAAAAACACUCCUUGGUGUACCCGGUGUCGGUGGUGGUUUCACACAGAGUCGGAUGGUUGUCCUAGAGCGGAUGAGGAGGUGGAGGGCAGGGAUUUCCAAGGGGCAGUGGCUGGUCGAAGUCGAGGUCGAGGGUUCAAUCAAAACUUCAAUCAAGGGGAGGUAGUAUACCAGAGGGGUAUCAGGGAUGCAGCUCGAGAUGUAGCAAGCGUGCAGGAUGGAGGGGAGAGACUGAGCAGAGUGGGUGGCGUGAGUGGAAAUGCAAGCGGACAGCAACCCAGCUUAAGCGUCAGAAGAGAUCAGGGGCAGAAUUCAGCUGUUGGCGGUUCAGGAGGACAGGGAUUGGGAGGGGGAAGUAUUGGGGCAGUGGGUCUGACUUGCAUUCCGCUCCGCGUGCUGUUGGAGGAUUCUUCCACGGAGUUGUCAAAUGUCCUGGUGGAGCCAGGCGUGGCAGCAAAAUUUCUGAAGACCCUGAAUGAGAGGAUGCCCCUAGACAAAAACCUGGACUUGGGUUUCGUGCAGGAAGUCCUGGCAGAGAAAUGGCAGUCCACAUCUCCGGCGACUGCGAAUGCCAACCAGGACAGAGUGACGACCGAGCGUAUCCAAGAUCCCCACGCUCUCAUUGCUCCAAUGGUCAAGCUUAAACUCGCGACGUGGAAUGUGAAGGGGUUGGGGGACUCGGGGGGUAAGAGGAAGGGGAAAAAACCAAAGUGUGAGGGGGUGAGCUUUGUGGUAGCAACGGUGUAUGCUCCGAAUGAUCCUAGAGAUCGAAUGCACUUCAUGAAGGCAAUUCCCUACUGCCUGCCCCAAGAGGAGCAUAUGGUAGUUGGUGGGGAUUGGAAUCUGAUGAGGGAACUUCAGCAUCCCCACCGGUUAGGAGAACCAGUGGCAACCUCCAAUGAGAUGAUGUGUGAGUAUGCAGCAGACUAUUUUAAGGAUAUCCUAGCGACCAGGAAAACCUAUUGGGAUUGGGAGACGGAUUUGACCAAAGAGAGCGACUUCUGGGAUACUUUGCAGGUCAGAGUAGCAGUUCAUGACAGACUGCUUCUCGACAUACCAAUCUCAGCAGAAGAACUCAGACAGACGCUGAAGUCUAUGGCGAAGGGUAAGGCCCCAAGCAAUGACGGCCUACCGGUAGAGUUCUUCAACACCUGUUGGCAGGCGUUGGUUGCAGACCUGGUUAAGCUCUGCAAUGAUAUUUUGGUGGGAGGCACACUAGGCAAAACAAUGACCAAGGGAGUGAUCUCUUUGAUGUACAAGAAGGGCGACAGAAGCGAGAUCUUGGCAAAGACCUUAGCUCGCCGUCUGGGCCCUAUUCUCCCCGGCCUGGUGGGAAGUGACCAAGGAGCCUUUGUUCGAGGCCGUUCGAGUUUUGACAAUAUCUUGACGGCCAUCGAAUCGCUGAAAAUUAUCGAGGAGGAGAAUUUGGAUGUGGCGGCGCUGAUGAUUGAUCUAGAAAAAGCCUAUGAUCGGGUCAACUGGACCUUCGUCAUGACGACCUUGAAAGUGUUGGGCUUUGGUUCCAUGUUCUGCCGCUGGGUCAAGGUGCUGUAUGCCUUCUCAACGGCUACUGUUCAGAUGAACGGAGUGAUCUCUGAGCCGUUCCAGCUAUCCCGGUCUUUGCGCCAAGGAUGCCCGCUGGCCCCACUGUUGUUCGUGCUGCAGCUGGAAACUCUUUUGUCUGCAAUUAGGGUCAAUCAUGGUAUCAGAGGGCUGCAGCUGCCAGGUGGAGGGGAAUGUCGAGUGAAGGCUCUGGCGGACGACCUUUUUGUGCUCUCUGCGAACUCGGCAGACUCCCUGGAGGCCUUGAAGUGUUGCCUCCAGUGCUACGGAGAUCUCUCAGAAGCAGCUAUUAAUUGGAAUAAAUCUGCUGUUUUUCUUCUAGAGGAGUAUAGGCUGCAGGUCCAGUGGGGUAUGCAGAGAGUGCCCAAGGGGGAGGCGCAGAGGUUCCUGGGGGUUAUGGUAGCGUUGGGAGACUCCGCCGCUUCGCAGGAACUGAUCCUUAGAGAAAAGGUGUAUACACGUAUUAAGAGCUGGGGGAGGGCUCCCCAUCUAUCGUUGAUGGGCAGGGGACUUGUCAUCACAGUCUCAGCCUUCUCCCUGUUGUGGUUUGUCCUGCGAACCAUCAAGCUAUCAGAGGCAACCCUGAAGGCGAUCAGGGCGGUGGCAAGACGGUUUCUCUGGAAGCCGGGAGCAGAAGAGGUUCAGGGGUAUAUUGCGAAAGUGGCCUGGGAGAUUGUCUGCGCCCCAAGAGAAGAUGGAGGCUUGGCUAUAACAGACCCAAGAGCGCAGAAUCUAACCCUGCUGGCGAACUGGUUAGUCAAGGUGGCGGAAGCCCACGACCCACCUGAUUGGUGUCUGCUGGCAGAGUACAUACUGAUGCGGGAGUGGGCCCUGAGUCGUCCUUCGGAUGUGUGGGUGACGGUGAUGAUAGACUCCUUUCUCAACAAGCGCAUGAAGUCACCGUUCUGGAGCAAUGUGCUGCAGGCUUGGAGACAAGUCAAACCGAAUUUCAGGGAACAACCGUCCUCCAAGGAUGAAGUAAAAGCACAACCUUUGUUCGAGAACCACCUGAUAGAGGGCCCCGACGGGUCAGUGUUUUCAGCUGCUGCCACUCCAGGAUCUUUCAGCCAGAAGUGGAUUAAAAGAGGGGUGGCGACUGUGGGCGACAUAUGGGAUGACUCUACCAACCAGUGGCGUCCUUCAGGGCAGCUGAGAGACAAAUUGGGUAGGCUUUCUGCCCAAACAGAGCGAAUUCAGAUGAUAAAACAGGCGAAUCCAGUUGGUUGGAUAAGGUUGCUGGGUCCGGAAGGGAUAAACCCCCCGGGCACAUGGUUCCGAGGGACGCAGGGAGAGGAGGAAGGGAAGUUCUUCAGAUUGCAGAAUUGGGGAGAGGAAGGGAAUGGUAAGUGCUCCCUGGAAGAGUUUAGCAGGGCGGAGCCACUCUCGAUGACGAUCCGACAGACAGGGACCAUGGAGCGUAGAGGACUGAAUAGCCUCCAAGAGAUCAGAGUGCGUAGCAGCACUUCCCCCAAUAGGCAUACUCGGCCAGUGUUCAGCAUCGUAGCGGGUGGUACUCCCACGGGCAGCCUGAGGAUAGAUCCCUUGAUGUGGGGUUGGGAAUCAGGAGGGCAAGUGGUAAAGGACCUCAGUAAGCUGGAAGCGGUGAAGGCAGUCCGGCAUCGAAGGAAGCGGGAGAAAACACUCAGUAGAUUGAUCCCCAGAUGGGAGCUCUCCCAACCAUCAGUGCCAAUUCCCACAGAAGAACAAUUGGUGAGGCUGUGGAAGCAACUGGCGGAUAUACCGUCCCAAAAGAUUGCCUCUCUCCUUUGGCUUCAGUCACACCUGACAGUCCCUAAGUCCAGGUGGCUAAACCAAAGGAGAGUACAAGUUCGGAUGGGAUGUGACAGAUGUUCCUGGCCGGUUGAGUCAAUGACCCACAUGUGGUGGGACUGCCCACGGUCCAGGAAAUGGUGGAGGUGGUGGUUUGCACAUUGGGAGAAGAUGUCGGGCACGUCGGGCACGAAGUUUGUGCAGGACGUGGCGUGGGUUCUUCAAGGCUUCCUAGCUCAAGGGGAAUCGAGAGACUCAGGCUGGGGCUAUAUGGCGCAGGUCACCAGGGCAGUGAUGAUGUGGGUUAUCUGGCUGGACAGGAAUGGGUGGAGGUUCCAGACCAGGGAGCUCUCAGAACAACAGGCAGAGAGGUUGUUCAGGACACUGCUGAAAUUGGAGAUCAGAGCGGAUUGGAGGAGAAAGGUAUUGCAAGGGGGGGGCUUGGCGGGGAAACGUUGGUUUGAGAAAACUUGGGCGAGACCGGGAGCAUUGGCCAUGAUAGAGGGAGACAAGCUGCGUAUCUCCCCGUGGUUGGAGGGCUAGAAUAGAAGAGAGGGGGCAUGUGACGGUAGGGUAGGAGUAGUGUAGGGGGACAACCUGGGCACUCGGUUGUGAGAGAUACUGUUCGGUCGCAGUAGACAGUGAUUCUGGUAUGAGUGGCAUAUCUAGGAACCAGGUUCCACCGGCCGUGGUAGGCCGGUUUCAGGCCGAGUUAGACAUGGUCUUAGUAUAGCCUAGGGGUAGGUUAGGGUAGGGAGUGGGUUACUGGGGGGUCUAUUAGGUGAUAGGCAAGGGGGCUGGGUAGUAGUGGAGUCGGUGGGGGUGAGAUCUUUAAGGGAGAUGGUUUGGUAAGUGCUUUUCACG